AUGUUCGCCCAUCCACCGUCGACACCCUUCCGCCAAACAGGCUAUUUCACCCCAGCCCGGCCAUCGCCCCUAGGCCAACGGAGCACAAACAUAUCCACACCCCCAUGGACAACGUCACCGACGCGAAGCGGCGCGCCUAAGCCAAGCACAAUGGACGAGAACAACGCCAACAUCAACUCCGGCAACGAGACCACACAUGGAUUCCUCAACUCGUCGCCCAUAACCAACUCCAAUACGAACAUAUUUCAACCACAGCCACAAUCAUUCUUCAAUAUCCAAAGCGAACCAAUAACGCGCCACAGCAACAACCACCAAUCACCCAUAACAUUCAAUGGCCCAAGAUCCACCUCCAACAACCCAUUCUCCUUCACAACCAACACCAACACCAAUACACCAACCUCACCAACAACGCCAACUCGCCCCAAACCCAAAUUCGAAGCCCGCUACAACGACACAAUCGCAAACCCCCUCAAAAACGCCCCCUCCCUGGCCCGCAGCAAAACGCGCAAAAUGUUCCUCAAUCGCGUGCGCAACGAGCGCGACAGUGGUCGGUUCGAGGCGCGCGGCGAGCAGAUGAUGCGCAUGGAAUGUCUCGCCGAUCGACGGCGCUGGGAGGAGAGCAUGGCUGCCGACGGGGAGGUCAUGGCUGGGUUUGAUGGAGAGUUUGAGGGAAUGGGGGAGGAUGAUAUGCUUCCUGAUAGCUCUGUUGAAAUGGAUGAGCUGGAUGAGUUCAUUCUGCAGGAGGAGGCGCUGGAGAUGGCUUUGCGGGAGACGCAGGGUGCGCCUGUGUCUGGCCGGGUUGGGGCUUUGAGGGGCGGUGAUGGGGGUCGAAUCCCGUUUAGUGAUGAUGAGUAUGAUGAUAUCUUUAUGGGGUUGUCGGAUUCGCAGUUUGAGGGUGGGAAUGGGGGGCAGGAUAUGGAUAUGUCAUGA